GGCAGGGCCGGGCCGAGCUGCCGGCUCCACCCCGCCGCUCGGUGCCCCUAUCCGGCCCGUGGGCGGGCCCUGGGCCGCUAUAAGAGCGGUGUCGGCGGCGGCGGCGCGGCUGCUCCUCCUCAUGUCGCGGCUCCCGCUGCUCUUGGCAGCCGGCUGCGCGCUGCUGGUCGCCGGCUGGUCCGGGCCCGAUGCUGGCGCCGAGGCCGUGGCUGAGACCGAGGCCGAGCCGGGCCCUCCCGUCCGCUGCCCGGCCUGCUCGAUGGAGCAGCGCGCCCGGUGCCCGGUGCCGCACGGCUGCGAGGAGCUGGUCCGGGAGCCGGGCUGCGGCUGUUGUGGGACUUGCGCGUUGGGCAAGGGGCGUCUGUGCGGCGUCUACACGCCCCGCUGUGGCUCCGGCCUCCGCUGUUACCCGCGCCGUGGCUGCACCCGCCCGCUGCACUCCCUCAUGCGCGGCCGCGGUGUUUGCAUGGAGGCAGCCGACGUGGAGGUGUUGCGGAGCUCAGUGCCUGCCGCAGAAGCAGACGAUUACUGGGAGCUGGAGAAGGCGGAGGGCCCACAUAUACCCUGCCACUCUUACGACAAGAAAUGUAUCUCCAAACACCUGGCCCGGAUCCGCGAGAAAACGCAGAACAGCGGCAGAUCCAAGAACGUUCAUAACCACAUCCGCGACGAGCCGCGGAUAAAGGGUCCGUGCCAGGGCGAGUUACAGCGGGCACUCGAGAGGUUUGCCAAGUCGUUCAGCCACACGCCGGAGAGUUUGUACCACAUUCCCAUCCCCAAUUGCGACAGGAAAGGAUUCUAUCACCCAAAGCAGUGUCACCCAUCGCUGGACGGGCAGCGCGGCAAGUGUUGGUGCGUGGAUACCAAGACCGGGGCGAAGCUGCUCGGCUCCCCCGAGGUGAAGGGCGACGUGGACUGUCACCAGUUCCUCAAGGAGCAGGCGCAGGAGUGAGAGGGCGUGAGCGGGGGCUCCCGCCGCCCUGGGCAGCGCCAGUCCCGCGGCCAGACGCGUGUAGCCCCGGUGAAGGAAGUGGAGAGUCACUCGGUGCCAGAAUCCCCGGUGCUAGGGGAGUGGAGGUCUCAGCAUAACCCCACCCCGCCUCCCCCCACCCUCGGGACUCCCGUGUCGCCCGGCCUUCUCCCAUCCAGCUGUUUAUAUCCGCCUCUCCCCUGUGGCUCCCUCACUCUUGCCCCGGUCAAAGCAACCCUGACUUACCCCCAGCCCCCAUUCCCCCAACUCCCGCUCA